AAGGCCCGCUGGCCAAAUGGUAAGGCAUCUGAUUUCGGUCCAGUUCUCAGAAGAUUGUGCGUUCGAGCCGCACGUGGGUCGGUCUUUCUUUUUCGUUUUUUCACGAUUGAACGCUUCUCUUUAUAGUUUUGUCCCGGUCUUGAUCCAUUUUUGGGAAACUCUACGGGCCCAAGUUUUUGGAGCCCACAUUGUCCUAUCUCUUCUUGUUGCCUUUAUCGAGUUUCAGUUUCACAACGGAAAUACGGCUCCGUUAUAAAUGGGAACGAAAUCCUAGCUGGCCUCAGAUAUACCCGCAGCACGGCGACUCGCGGGAAAACGCAGCCCGUCGCCAGUAGCAUUCCGUCGCCAGUAGCAUUCCGUCGC